AAGCCAUUCACUCCUCUGUGGCUGGUCGGUGGUAAAAACCUGUGAAAGAAACUCUUGUUCACGUUCACAUUCAGACGAGAGAUUCUGAGCUGUGAAGACACUCAGACAUUCAUCCGAUCAGCAGCUCACACUGCAGACAUGAGGUUUGUGAUCCUGUUUGCUCUUCUGAGUGGGGUGUUUGCCGCCCCGUUCGUGAAGGAGGAGGAGGCGAAGCGAUUCAUCAGGUUGAAGAGACAGUCAGGAUACUGGGAUCCACACCACUCUCAGAACCAGUGGGGUUACACCAUUCAGGAGCAGGCAAACGAGUACUGGACAGCAAUACGCACAGAUGCACAGUACUACAUGGACAUGAGUAACAUGAUGUUCGACCGCUCUGUGGCAACGGAAAACAACAGGCUGUAUAUGGAGAUGCUGCGCAAUGCACGAGCUCACCUGGACAGUCAGACGGGUGGACACAGAUAAAAAGAAAAAUAAUAAAACUGAAGAGAUCAUAAUUCAUAUUGUGGACAAAAAUAUAAUAAUAAUGAUGAUGAUGAUGAUGAUGAUGAUGAUAAUAAUAACAAUACAGUGCUUCCUAGAGGUUAAAUCUUUACAUUUAACCUAAUGCCAUUAAUGAAUAACAGAUGUAAAAGUAUUCUGAGCCUCAACCAUUAUGAGGGAAUGUAUUAGUUUUGCCUUUAAAUGCUGUAUUGUAUAUGUGUAAUGUGAGCGUUAGUUUAAAAUGUGUGUAAGGUUAUAUAAUUGUAAGCUGGCAAAGAACAAAAAUCUACAUAUUGAGGUUACACUUCUUUUGUCCAUUUUAAUAGAUAACCAUAAGCUUUAAUAUCCCAUAAUGACCUGAACUAAAUACUCCUCAUAUAAAAUGCUGCAGCUGUGUAAAAUGUUUUUUUUAAAUGUUUUUUUUUUUAUGUUUUUAUGUAUUCAUUUUAAACAUUUAGUUUUAAGAAUGUACAUUGAAUAAUAAUGUCUUUUUUAGUUGCAAAAACAGCUUUAUAUUUCUUAUAUUUCUAGGAUUGUCAUUGUCUUGUAAUAAAAUCAUGUCAUGCAGUUAAUAAAUAUACAUUAAACACUUGAAUUAGUAUCAAAAAAUAAAAAAUGGAUAUACAUUUGAAAAGUCUCUGUGUUGCAUUUUGUAUCCACCCUUAGCAAAGCUUGCAUGUUUUGCUUUUCAAAAUGAGAGCUGGUUGAAAUGCACCAUAUAAGAAAAGACUCAUUUAUUUUUAAGAUGUUUUGGGGAAAAAAAGACUUUUCAUCUCUCUGGUUUACCACUAGGUGGUGCUGUCACUUCAGCCAUUUCAUUUAAAUAUCAUUUUAAUGGUGCUUUUUUUCUUCCUCUGUUAUCUGUGACAACUUUGUGACUGUACUGUGUGUAUCACA